CAGCAAAGAGGAAGUCGACUGCCAGGGUGAAGAGUUGGGAGGACGGGGAAGUGUACAUUGGAAGGGGUCUUUCUUCAGCUUGACAGAACACUGCAAUCAAGACUGAGAGCCGUAAUAUUAGUUAUAUGUCCUAGGUCCCAGUACUGAAAUGUCUGGUACUGUGGCUUCAUGGAUCCUGCGUCGUGCUCAGAGUAAAUCCCUCACAGUUUCCUGCGGCCAGCACAGACUGUACUCCAGGAUCAACCGCCCACCUCCUCGGCCUGUUUCCCGGCCCAGAAGGAUUCGGGCAGCCAGGUCCUCUUCCAGCAGUAGCCCUGAGUUUAACGAUGGUAGAGCCCCCUCUUCCCAGAGGCAGUCUUCUCUUGAGAAGGUGGACUUCCGGUUGACUGGUGCGCAGAUCAAUGGCCUUCUGCGGGCGAAUGAGCAGACCGUGCGGAUCCCCGAGUUCGAUGGCCGGGGCCUUAGCCCCGUGCUGCGGUUCGAGAGCAACCAGCUGCCGGCAAACGCGCCCAAUGAAGACCGGCGCAGCGUCGCCACCUGCCUGCAGACCAAGGGCAUGCUCUUCGGCGUGUUCGACGGGCAUGGUGGCCAUGCCUGUGCCCAGGCGGUGAGUGAGCGUCUCCUCUAUUAUAUAGCAGUGGCUCUCAUGCCCCGGCAGAGCCUGGAGGAGAUCGAGUACGCCAUGGAGAACACCAAGCCCGUCCCGCCCAUCCUGCAGUGGUACAAGCACCACAACGACUACAUCUACCGGGAGUCGGCCUCCCUGUACGUGGACCACCUGCGGGUCUUCUGGCAGGAGUUGCUGGAGAACGAGGAGCACGGAGACGGCAUGGACCCCCUUGACGCCCUGGCCUACGCCUUCCGCAGGCUGGACGCUGAUAUCUCCCUGGAGGCCCAGGUGCCACUGGACAGUGAGCUGAUGAGGAGCACAGCCAUCCAGGUGGCGUUUGCUGGCUCCACCGCCUGUCUGGCACACGUGGACAUGGAGGGCAUCCUGGUGGCCAAUGCCGGUGACUGCCGGGCGGUGCUGGGUGUGCAGGAGGAGGACGGCUCGUGGAGCGCCCUGCCGCUCUCCCGGGACCACAACGCCCGGAACGUAGCGGAGCUGGCGCGGCUCAGGUCCCAGCACCCCAAGGCGGAGGAGGCCACGGUGGUGCAGGACGAACGGCUCCUGGGCAUCCUGAUGCCAUUCAGGGCCUUCGGGGACGUGCGCUUCAAGUGGAGCAAGGAGCUGCAGCAGAGCGUGCUGGAGAACAGCUGCGACCUGGAUUCCCUGGACAUCUACCAAUACACUCCGGCCAACUUCCACACACCGCCCUACCUGGAGGUCACCCCGGAGCUGACCUAUCACCGGCUGCGGCCCAAGGACCGCUUCCUGAUCCUGGCUUCAGAUGGGCUGUGGGACAUGCUGAGCGACGACGAGGCCGUGCGGCUGGCCGCCGAGCACCUCACCGGGGUCCACCUCCAGGCGCCGGUGUCGGCCAGCGAGCGGCAGAUGAACCUGGGUCAGAUGCACAGCCUGCUGCUGCACCGCUGUGCCGUGCCCUCCCUCGACCUCAACUCCGCCACGCACCUCAUCCGGCACGCCGUCGGCACCAACGAGUACGGGGAGCUUGACCAGGAGCGCCUCUCUGCCAUGCUGGCCCUACCCAACGACCUUGCCAGGAUGUACCGUGACGACAUCACAGUCACCAUUGUCUACUUCAACUCCGACCUCGCCAAGGCCAGAGAGGAUUAAUGGGAGCCGGGGACCCCGUGCCCUCCGUAGAACUUUCCGGGGCUUAUUGGGGCAAUUCCUUUCUUCCAUCUAAUCUCAGUUUGUGGGAUUAGUGUUAAGUAGCCUAAGUUGUGUUUUUACAGUACAGAAAGCCUUGGCUUCGGAUAGAUGUUACAAAAUUGUACUGCAGCUUACUGUCACUCUCGUUGCCAUUACCCACAUACAUUCUUGUCCAAUUCAUCCUGUUGAAUAGACAGUUAAUUUAGAGGAAUCAGCUGUCACUCACCCUCUCUCUGAUGGACGGAGCUGGAUUUGAAAGCGAGCUGACACUGUACUGAAGUGCAGUCGGUCUUACUUAGGUCUGCAUCGGCACUCUACUGUUCAGUGCAUUGCCUUUACCAAUAAGUUUCAGUGGCUGCAGAUGUUACGAUUGUGAUUGGUCUAUUUGGUCACAUGUGACAUCAGUAUGACGUACCUGAAGGGUUUUUCUGAGUAGUAUUAUAGUGAUUAAUAAAUGAUAAAUCUUAAUUUAUUUCUCUUUUCAUGACUUUUAGAUCGUUAUAACUUUAAGAUUCUGCUGCUACUUAAGGUGGACACAUCACUCCAAGGAUAGUUAGGAUGGCUCAAUAGAAGAGGUGCAUGUCACAUGAUUUGUUAUGUGGAUCGUGAUUUGCUAGCAGGGAAACUCAAACCAGCGGGAUCAGUAAUUCCAGAUUCUCAUUACUGUUUUUUAUUUUUUACUGAAUGUUAAUGACUUUUUGCUUGCACUGGCAAAAGUACCCAGUCCAACUCGGAUUAUUAGUCUAUAUAUUGGAAUAAGAAUCCUUUUCUUUGGGUUUUUGACCUGUCUUUUAAUACUUGGACACUUUCACUGUUUCUAAUAUGAAGAACAUUGUACAUAUAAUCUUUUAAAUUGUUUUAAAAAAAACUCAGUGUAACUUACUUAUACAUGUUGCUCUAUGUAUGUUGAUUUACUUGCCAGAAGUUGUAGUCAUGUAAUCUGUUGAAUGUGAUUUAAAUCUGUGUAGUACAGGUGAGACAUAGAGGAAAACUUGGUGUAUAUAAAUUUAGUCCAUCAUACAUAGAGAAAUACUGUAGACUCCUGAAUGUUGGUUUUCACUUAGACGUGUUUCAUUUGUUGUGAUCGUUUGGUUAUACUUUUGCAAGGGAAACGUACAUGGAGGUUGUAUGUAUUUGAAGUAUUUUUUACACGUUUUUGUGUGUCAGCUUUGCUGUUUCAUUGCUGUCUCUGUUAGGGUGAGCAUUUGUCUCCAUUGAAACAUUGUUUUAGAUUGUUAAUUUCAUUUUUUAUCAGUACUUUACGUUUCACUUUAUUUUUAAACCUCAUUGAAUUCUAACUGGCUAAAUUGUUUCAAGUGAUGCGUUUUGAAAGUAGUCUUUUGCCAAAAUUUGCCUUUCAUUAAUGUUUUCUAUUUAAUACUAACAUUUAACAGAAUAAACAUGAUUUUAAAACAAAAAAACCUUUCCUGAUAUAAUAAAUUAGCGCCGAUUAACUGUUGUAAUGA